AUUUUUGCAGCAGCUGCAACAGGGGCAAUGGCUAUUAAUAUAUCAUGGGUUUCUGCCAAUCAGGAUGUCGUCAUGGCAUUGUUAUUUGUAGUAGGAUAUGCAGGCAUCAUUCUUGAAAAGUCUCUCGCUGUCAAUAAAAGUGGAGUUGGAUUAUUGAUGGCUGUGAGUUUGUGGGUUGUGCGAAGCAUCGGAGCACCUUCAACUGAAAUAGCUAUAUCAGAGUUGUCUCAUGCAUCUGCAGAAGUCAGUGAAAUAGUUUUUUUCUUGCUUGGUGCGAUGACCAUUGUAGAAAUAGUUGAUGCACAUCAAGGAUUUAAGCUGGUUACUGAUAAUAUAACCACACGAAAGCCGCGGACUCUGCUUUGGCUGGUUGGUUUUGUGACUUUUUUCCUUAGUUCAAUCCUUGACAACCAGGCUUCUACUAUCGUCAUGGUUUCUUUAUUGAGAAAACUAGUAUCUUCCUCGGACUACCGCAAGCUUCUUGGAGCUGUUGUUGUAAUAGCAGCAAAUGCUGGUGGUGCAUGGACUCCAAUUGGUGAUGUUACCACUACCAUGCUAUGGAUACAUGGCCAGAUAUCCCCAUUGCCAACAAUGAAGAGCUUGUUUCUACCUUCAGCUAUUUCUCUGGCUGUUCCGUUGGCUCUAUUGUCGCUGACUAGUGAAGUUAAUGGGAAAGGACAGGACACUCCUAAUAUUUUGGCAUCAGAACAAAUGGCUCCUAGAGGACUGCUUGUUUUCUUCGUGGGUAUUGGAGCUCUGAUUUUUGUUCCUGUGUUAAAGGAGCUGACUGGCUUGCCUCCUUACAUGGGCAUGCUGCUUGGUCUUGGAGUUCUUUGGAUUUUGACUGAUGCUAUUCAUUAUGGUGAAUCGGAAGGGCAAAAGUUGAAAGUUCCACAGGCUUUAUCACAGAUUGACACUCAAGGAGCCCUUUUCUUCCUCGGAAUACUUUUGUCCGUCAGCAGCCUGGAGGCAGCAGGUGUUCUCCGGGAGUUGGCAAAUUUCCUUGAUGCUUACAUUCCUAACGCAGACCUGAUUGCAUGUGCAAUCGGGGUUCUAUCAGCAAUAACAGACAAUGUUCCCUUAGUUGCAGCAGCAAUGAGUAUGUACGAUCUCACCUCUUUCCCACAAGAUUCUGAUUUCUGGCAGCUGCUAGCACUUUGUGCUGGUACUGGUGGGUCCAUGCUUAUCAUCGGCUCUGCUGCUGGAGUCGCAUUCAUGGGGAUGGAAAAGGUGGACUUCCUUUGGUAUCUGCGGAAGGUGAGUUGUUUUGCCUUUGCAGGUUAUGCUGCUGGAAUUGCUACCUAUUUAGCGCUUAAUAACCUGCACAUUUCCAUUCCCACAACUCUUGGUCAAGCUGCUUUCCAUCCUGGUUCUUAAUUAUACCGCAUUGGUUUGGAAAGCAAGGCAGUAAGUUUCUGAUAAUGUGCUUUACAUUAGAUGAACUCAGUGAAUAAUGCAAGUGGAACAUGCAGGAGUAAUAUUAUAUAUGUUCCUCUUGGGAUAUACAGACACUUAAACGAACAAAAGAAAUUCAUAGAUUUAAUAAUUUGAGGUUGAUUAGAUGUGUAAUGGCCUCGAAGAUUCACAACUGAGAAGAAAGAUAAUAUCAGAAGCGGAUCCACUGUUCAAAUUACCCAGUGGCAAGAAAUUUGAUCUGGAAAUUUGAUAUUUUAUGAUCAUAUUUUGAUACUUCUGGUAAAUGGUACUUUAUAUAAAGAUUUUUAUGUUAUAGCUUGUUCAGCCAGUUGGCAUUAAA